UCACCUUUGCGCCAACGGACAGCCCGAAUUCUAGCUGCAGAGAGAGUUUUCUUUCUUCUACUGGUGGCCUGAUACAAACGGCUAAGAGUAACAUCACUGUGACACUACCAAGUGAAGCUCCUGUCCGGAUCUCUAUACGGGGAAUUCCGGCGGAAACUCCAUACGACAUGGCGGUAACCAAGAUCAACAAGCUGGGCUGUGGAACGGUACGAAAUGCAGUCCAAAAUUGGUAUCGUGGGACCGACGUCUACAACGGGCACACGUCAUUCCUAAUGGACGGUUUUAAAAAAGACCGUCUGCCGGAAUACGUGGUUAUCAAUGGUGAAAGCUGCAAGACCUUCCUCCCAAGAGAGUUAUACACUCCGACGUGUGGUAAGUGCCUAACCACCGGCCAUGUAUACAGUGAAUGCAAGAACGAAGCCGUCUGUAAGUAUUGUAAAACACCGGGUCACUUACUAAGAGAAUGUCAAAUACGGAAGCGUGAUCCAGUCAUCACCAACCCCGUGACAGGAUGGAACAUGCCUCCGCAGAAAAGAAAACCCCUGCGAAAAGAUACGCAACAACAACGUCAGAAUGACGUGCAACCUGCCGAAACAACAGAGCAGAGCCAGAAUGAUGCACAACCUGCUGAAACAACCGACAAGGUAAGUGAUUUUUCUACCUCCGACUCGGAGUUAAACUGCCUAAGAGAAAUUAAAAACUGGUCUGAAUGUGAGGACGUCGGGACUGUAGUAAGUCCACUCAAAACUCGAUCUCCACAAUUGCCAAGACCACCCAGGCAAAUCUACAGAUUGAAGGAGUCGUCAACUAUUGGAAACACGCCAUUCCAUCCCCUUCCAAAGGGCAAUCCUUACAUCAAAGUAAGGAUUGAUAACUUUGAGUCUUGCGACACCACGUCUUCGUCGGUCUUCGAAACAACACCCGAAGCAACGACAUCUGCACCAGCGAACCUUGAGUCGAAUCUACCGCCGCCAAUUGUGGAUCUUACAGAGGAAAAUAACAAAAGAACCAGAAAGGACACAACAACUUCCACAGAAUCCUCAACAUCCGAAUCAAUCGUCAAAAAAAAAUACGGUAAAAAGAAAAGGUAACUACCAUGUUUCGGCCCCAGGUAAUCAAAUUCCUCUGAUGUCUCUCAUUUCGGUUCUUUGGACAUGCCAUAUUUCAAUUCGGCUUCUCAAACCUCUUGUAUAUAAAACGCCCAGUUGCCGGCGUAAAACCUCAACUCAGUAAAUACCAUCUCACAUAUAGCGGAUGUGAUGACAGGAAGCCCACCACUCUACGUGGUAUACAAAAUGGUGAUCUUUAUUACAAAGAGAAUUGAUCCAUAAACUUCCGUCGGCAUAGUCUGGGUAUGAAGGCAUUUGGGCUGGAUUCCAGACUUGUCGUUCUGAUCCGUGAAA